CUGUGCAAAGUCCACCAUGAGGUGACUCAUGUUGUCGCUGACCUUGGCUUUCAAUGACAGCCGGAAGGCGGGGGCCAUCGUCACACUGCAGGGAAGGAGGUGGACGCCCAGGCCUAGUCCUCCGAGCCCUACCAGUCUGGCUCCCGAGGCACCUACCUGAGGAAAGUCCCCGCGGUCCGUGGCCUGCAGUGUCUGGUUGGCCGUCUCCAGAAGCUCCUCAGAGCUCUCCAGAGCUCGCGUGCAGGCAGCCAGCUGGUUCUGCAGGUGCCAUGGCACCGAGAGAAGAGACACCUUACUCCACUGCCUCAAGCCCUCCCAGGGCUCCCCACCGCCUUCGGGAUGCAGGGUACCAUGCCCUUCUCCAACUGCAGCCAGUGUCGUGAUGAUCUUCCGCAGAGCCUCCUGCCCCCAGGGAAGCGCGCACACAGGCCUGCAAGGAGCCACAGGCCUGAGUGUGCAGCAGGCACCCCAGUUGCUGCAGGUGAGGCAGGACAGCCAGGUGACCUUGGCCUGCCAGGUGGUGCAGGCCCAGGCCUGGGAGCAGCUACACAUCGAAUGGACCAAGGAUGGUGACAUCUUGUGCCAGACACGCAUCAUCAACGGCAGUCUCACCGUGGGUGUCUGCGGGCCUUGGGGACGGCUCUCCUGGCAGCCGCCUGGCAAUCUCACCCUGCAGCUGGACCACGUGAGCCUCAAUGACAGUGGGCUCUACGUGUGCUGUGCGACCGUGGAGAUCCCUGAUUUGGAGGAGGCCCAGGGCAGUGGGACACAGCUCCUGCUGGAGACAGAUGGCUGGCUACUGAACCGGAGCUUCUCAGGGCUCUCCUUCGCACUGCUGGUGACUGGAGCGGUGGCCGUGGCCGCUUUCGCUCUGGGAGCCUGGAUCUGGGGCCGCCGCCGCUGCCGGAACAGAGACGCAGGGAAUCCACUCUACAUCAAUGCCUUAUAUCAGCCCCGGAGGGCCCCAAGGAAGAGUGAAGCAUGGCCUGUGUAGGGGAAGAUGCUGGACAUCUCCAGCAAGAAUCAGAAGGGCCAAAGCUUCUAUUCGAUCUCUUUCCCCUGGCCCCCCACCCCCAAGCGGCCUCUGGCUCCCAAAUCUUCCUCCAGCCCCAGGCCCAGUCACCCCA